UAUUUUUGGCUAAUCUGUCCUGUUGUUCCUUUCUUCUUGCUUGCACAUGUAUGGUUCAUGUCUUCCCCUGUUUGGCUUACAAAUCGCAUUCCACAAACAAACACCAAAGAAUGGAGCCGUUGAUUAGUAACAUAUAACGUAGCCAAGUGUUUGAAAAAGAUAGAUUAAUCAAAUACUACACACGAACUGGAAAUUGAUUUGCGAUCAAAAUCCUAGAUUCAUACGUUAUUCAUCCCGAGAAACACGCAAACAAGAAAGAUAUCGGAAGUGGUGAACGCUUCACGCAAACCUCUCAAAUCGUCUCUUUCUCCCCUUUUCGAAAAGCCCAAAACCAGACACCGAUUGGAGAAGUUUCUUCAUACCGAGUCCUGUAUUAAAAAUCAUUGCUUGCUGUUGGUGCCCUUCUGGGUUGAGUUGGUUUCACAAUGGUAGAGAGAGAAAGAGUUUUGAAGAAGAUAGAGAGACACACUGAGAAGGGGGUCCUACUGCUUAAUUUUUGAGGGGCAUCAACAGUCUCUGUCAAUGAUUUUUACUUGGGUUGGGUGGUGCUGUUUCUCUCACUCUCAAAUGACCCAUCCAAUCAGUAUCAGUAUCACACUCUUUUCUUGCUCACCAAUUUGAUCAAUAAACCAAAAUUCCUCUCUCUCUCUCUCUCUAGGAGCAUUUCAAAUUAGUCAUUGAGGGUGGCUCAAAAGCUUUGCCUCUGGUCAAAAGGGACAAGUGGAUCUCACUCAUAUGAAGAGACUUUCAACUUUAGUGGAUGUGUUUCUGGUUCUUGCAUUGUUCAGUUGUAGCACAUGGACAGUGUGGAGCAGCUCGUGCUGCAAUCAGAUAAACUUGAAGGAAAUCCGACCUCACAGCGUCAGUAUUACUGAAUUUGGAGCUGUUGGUGAUGGGAUCACUCUCAAUACAAAAGCAUUUCAAAAUGCCAUUUUCUACCUAAAUUCAUUUGCGGACAAAGGUGGAGCCAAACUUUUUGUCCCAGCUGGCCAGUGGUUAACUGGAAGCUUUGAUCUCAUCAGCCAUCUAACUUUGUGGUUGGACAAAGAUGCAGUAAUUCUUGGAUCAACGAACUCUGACGACUGGCCAGUUGUGGAUCCUCUACCAUCAUACGGUCGUGGAAGGGAGUUGCCGGGUGGAAGGCAUAAAAGCCUCAUUUAUGGGCGCAAUUUGACUGAUGUUGUCAUAACAGGUAACAAUGGAACUAUAGAUGGUCAAGGGAGUGUCUGGUGGAACAAGUUUUGGAACAAAACACUAGACUACACACGUCCUCAUUUGGUUGAGUUGAUGAAUUCAACUGGGGUUCUCAUUUCAAAUAUUACUUUCUUGAAUUCACCAUUUUGGACUAUUCACCCUGUAUAUUGCAGCAAUGUUAUAAUUCGGAAUGUCACAAUCCUUGCUCCUCAAAGCUCACCAAAUACAGAUGGCAUUGAUCCAGAUUCUUCAGACAAUGUAUGCAUUGAAGACUGUUAUAUAAGCACUGGUGAUGAUCUGAUUUCCAUCAAAAGCGGAUGGGAUGGAUAUGGGAUUUCCUUUGGUCGACCCAGUACAAAUAUUAACAUCCGCAGACUGAUUGGGAAAACAACGAGUGCAGGGAUUGCUAUUGGAAGUGAGAUGUCUGGAGGUGUAUCAGAAGUUCAUGCAGAAGAUAUUUACGUUUUUGACUCACGAAGUGCCAUUAGAAUAAAAACUUCUCCUGGCAGGGGUGGUUAUGUUAGAAAUGUCUAUAUCUCUAACAUGAUCUUGGCUAAUGUAGAUAUUGCUAUUAGGUUCACUGGUUUAUAUGGAGAACAUCCAGAUGACACUUGUGACCCAAAUGCUUUACCGGUAAUAGAAAAAAUUACUAUCAAGGAUGUCACAGGGGAAAAAGUCAAACGUGCUGGCCUUAUAGAGGGUAUUAAAGGGGACAACUUUGUCAAUAUCUGCCUAUCAAACAUCACCCUGAAUGUGAGAUCAAAAAUUCCAUGGAACUGCUCUUACGUUAAAGGAUACUCUGACUUGGUUUCACCUGAAGCUUGUGAGCCUCUCAAAGAGAGAAUAUUCCCUGAGCAUAUUUCAGAUUGUUACUAUAUACCAAACCACUUAAAGAAUUUGAGUAAUCAAAAUUCGGGUGCUUGGUUACUGUCAUGGUAAAUUAUGGAGUUUAAAACAUGAAGCUGCCAAAGUUCACUUAUAGCUAAAAUUUGAUUCGUGAGUUUUUUCAACAGGACAAAUUUUACCCAACAGAAGAAGUUGAAUGGUGUUGCUGAUCCUGUGGUUGUCUGUCCGCAGAAUGAUACCGAGAGAUGAUUGUUUUAUUUGUUUCUUGUAAUUUGUGUGCAGUAACAAAUAAUUGAGUGAUUUAUCAGAAAUAUGAAUUUGAAUGAUUUCAUGUCUUGCUUUA